AACAGUAAAACAAGGGGAGAGGAGAGGGGGAAUGUAACUUUUUUUUCCACCGCUGGUAGAUAAUAGUAAACGCCAGGCACGAGUAAUCGAAUAUGCCCUAUUGCGCGAGUUCGAACAACUGAGUCACGCCCGAGUCACAUCAUCGGCUUUUUUCCUUGUUUCUUUGCAAAACAUACAUCGAAAGACGCAAUCUUUUUUUUUCCUCAUUGGAGAAGAUGAACGCGGCCAUUAGAGCUGCGAUCGGCAGACCACAGAGCUUAGCUUCUCACCUGAAAACAGCGCUUUUUCACUCUACACCCGUCUUGGAACGCAAACGCCGCUCUUCCUGGGAAUCGAGAUCAUAUGUUCACAAGAAGAGGAACAGAAGAAUGAGGGAGAAGCAAGAGUUAUUGCGCAAUGUGAAUGCUUUUGCAGCUAACAUGUUUACGAGUUGGCAUGAUGAUGACGAUGAGUAUGAUGAGCCCUCCUCACGGAAGAAAAACAACUCGUGGUACAAAAAGAAGUAUGCCAAAGAAGAGCCCAAAGGAAAAUGGAAUGGCAAACAUGGCUCCCAGAGUUGGGGUCCAAAUAGGGAGCACUUUGAUUUUUGCGGAGUUGAUGAUGACUUCUUUGACAUUGACUAUGUCUUCCGAACUGCUUUUGGUGGAUCACGAGGUUUCUCCUUUUCAUUCACCCAUGAAGAGGAGGAUGAACCUCCUCGAUGGCAUCAUUCUUCAAGGUUCUCCAAUAACUCUAAAAGGUCUGGGAGAUCAAAACAUCAUCGAAUAUACGAGGAUGAAGAUGAAGAAGGGUAUACUUCAACAGAAUCCAGCGACUCUGAGUCUGAGCCAAACCAAGCUUCUCAUAGACAAGCUCUUGGCCUGAGUCCUUCUGGUCCAUUAAACCUCAAAGACGUCAAACAUGCAUAUCGAACUUGCGCUUUGAAAUGGCACCCAGAUCGUCAUCAAGGCUCAACCAAGGAGGCGGCUGAAGCAAAGUUUAAGGUCUGCAGUGUGGCUUAUCAAUCUUUAUGCGAUAAUCUAGCGGUGAACUGAAAGAUGAAAGAGUUUUAGAUAGUGUGUUUGAUUACUUAGAGAUGAUAUUCAAAGUGUUCAUUUAAAAGCUUAUCCUAAAUAAUAACACUACUACAGGAUCCAAAGCUAUUUCUUUCUGCUGUCAUCUUUUAUUACUAAACUUUCAAAAAUUUCUACCAAAGCGAUGAGUAUUUGUUUCUCAGCUCUACUUUCU